ACAGGAUCAGAGACGACAGGCGGGAUUCGGCUCGAGGUAAUACCAACAGAAUUCGAGGGAAGAGAUAUCUAUUGUACUCCUUGCGAACGUGGACUUUCCUUCGGCUCUGAAAUCACGAUGAUCAACCUGAACGUGCCUCCGCCUAGGGACCCUUUUGGGAACAUGGAGAUUUUAUUCGCUAACGGGCGUAUGAAGAUUUUUAUCCAAAUCCCGGCGGGGGAGACAAUAGUUGUCUGGGCAGCAAGUUCCGACACUAUCGAAGAUAUCAAAUCCCAGAUUCAUGACAAGGAAUGUACUCCGCCACACCUGCAGUGCCUAAUCUUCCGCGGAACACGGCUUGAAGACGACGAGAUACUUUUUGACUGCAACAGGGAUCAACCCUCCAAUUAUUCUUGGAACGGUUAGGAGGCGGGUUUGCACCCACACCAGAAAUGAGUUUCGGCGCUGGCGGGAAGAUCAAGCAGACAAUUUACGAAGACCGCAACAACCCGCGUAUCUGGGACAUCGGGAGGGCAAAUAUAUUCAACGUACAGGUGCUGAACACAGCCUACUUCAAAGACAUCACCAAGAUGAUGGCGCCCCCUACCCCGGUUGACAUCAAAGCAUAUACUGCAGCGGGACUUCCCUUUUUUGAUAUAUUCGACGAAGUGCCGACUAACGUCCAUGGAUCUGACGCCUUCAAGAAGGUCAAGACUGUUUCCGAGAUGGAUCGGAUGUUAGAUUUGGGGUCGAGCACCACUUACGAGCCCAGCGCGUGCGUCCCUUUGCAGAAAUGCAAGUGCCAAAACAAUAUGGCGGGCUGCAUUAUCCGACCUUGUGACCAUGCCGUUUGCUCGGAGUGUGCAGCCCACGGUUCCUGUACUCAGUGCCUGAUCUGCAAGAAGGCGGUGACAAGAAUUGUGGGUAUCACUGCCCCGAUGGGCGCCCCUGGCAUGGAGUCGGUUCAGAAGCUCCCUGUAGUAUUCUUGGAGAUGGAGAAAGUGAAUGAUGAGAGGAAGGAAUUUGUCAGUAUCGUCCGUGUUGGGGUGAAACAAUGAUAGGGUAUGUUAAACUGUCUACUUGUCACAUCGGCUUCUGAUUGCGGCAACCCUGUCCACUACGUACACGUCCACCACUGCCCCUACGUUAAGUGAUUGCUGCUGCACGGCUCGUGGAUUCUGAUUCUAGUAACAAUUCUUCAUACCCCACGUUUGAUCGAUGCAGUGACAACAACUUGUCACAUCGCAGACGGAUGCGUGAAAACAUAUCGCGUAUGUACGGAAGCAACGUGACGUUGCCUCCUCCACAUUGGGCGGUAUUCCCAUCCAGCCCAAAGACCGCUCUUUGUCGCUUCAAUGAUGUCUUUCCCGAAGAGAGCCUUUCCAGAAUAUAAACGUACUCGCGAGGGGUAGCAUACACCUCUGCAGAGGCUGUUAGUGGUGAAGGAGAACUAGACUUCGAGCGUGGGUGGAUGUUGUCCGAGGUUUCGAGUCAUUCCCACGCAUUAUGUAUAUCAACAAUCCCGUCCAGAAAU